UUACAGCUUUCAACCAAUCCCGCUAUGCUACAAGCCAUAAACCACUGGUUACUUUUGUGCAUGCUACAUAACGUCGUAAUUGAGGCAUCUCUUUGCAACACGUACGACUCCGCUACCAGAACCCAUCUUGACACCACUUCAACCACGAUAGUAUGUAUGUUUGAUAUUUCGGACGCAUUGAAACCAUAUAUUACAGCCCAGCUGCAUUUACCACGAAGACCUAAAUUUUUGCGCUUUGUAGUUGCCUGCAGUGCUACACAAAAUGAGCGUUCUCCCUUCAAACGUCCGUAUAGCCUGUGCUCAGACCCUGUGAUCCAACAUAUCUAUGUAUGUGGAUUAUCAGUCUUGGACUCAGAAGCCGAGUCCGGGCACAGGCUUGUGUAAAAUAUACGGGUAUGGGGUAGUGAACCAGUAACCAUGUAAUCAAGUACUGCGUACUAUGGGUGACAGCGGAGACACGGAUCGGGGGAGUACUGAGUUCUUUACCGUUACAGUAACGUCUGCUCCAGCACUUGGU